CGAAGACCAUGUCGAUUCAAACCAAUGCAUAUCUAACUACAUUAAUUUAACAACUGAGCCUAUUGAAUCCAAUAUUGAAGAUGAGGUUUGGGAUUGCUAUAACCAAACAGAUCAAAAUCAAAUAAUUGGUGCUGAUUUGGAAACCAUUGUAGAUGCCGAGUUAAGAAAAAAAUCAAAUAUCUCCUUAUAUGAUGAAUGCAAAAUCUCUAAAUCUGAUGAAGAUAAAACCUAUG